AUGGGGACCCGCGAUGAGACCUGUCGUGCGAGCAAUUACAUGCGGGAAGAGAUUGCGCGAUUGAGCGUUUCCCCCAUCUAUCAAUCGAUUCUAUCAGCCGCUAUCAUUCUCUCCCCUCCCACCCCCGUCCUUUGCGUCAUCUCGUGCCAUCUCCAACCGACGCGGCAAAGGCAACACACCUUUUCCGGGCCCAGAACCCAACAUGACACCAGUAGCCGCCUACACUACAUAGAUCUAACCUCCAACCAACCUGUCUCAUCUACAUAGAACACGACUAGGGCAGGAAGGAUUUUUGUGGCCAAGUUAGUCUUGGGAUUUGUCAGAGGGGUUGGUCAUAGUGGCCACCGUAGGGCCGCUUGUAUGUUAGUAGCGUUUAACGAGAGGUCAUUUUUGGAGCGGGGUGUGAGUGCUCUACUAUACCUCGGGGUGGCCGGUCCUACGGGAUGAGAUAGCGGCUUUUUUAAAGGGGGUAGCUGAGGGGGUGUGUGGCAGCGGGAUUUCACGAGUGAUGUCUCAUGAUUCCAAUUCUGCCCACAUCUAUUCCCAAAACGGAACAAGUAUCAUGGUACAGGUACGAA